AUCGUAGCGGCCGCAAUGUAGGAACCUGCAUCCAGCAACACCGAACAAAGUUAGUUGCAUGCGGAUCAUCUGCGGUUUGGAAAAUGUUACGCGAAGUUAGUGUUUUGUUGAGUGUAAUUUGCGCAGCUUUGGGAGACUAUCAAAGCUUCAAUGAAGCUGUGUUUGACUUAAGUUUUCAUUAUGACAACUCUACACCCCACUGGCCAAAUGCUUUGGCUUUUAAAUUCAUUAAAAUUAUCGCACAAUCCGACGAAUCAGCCAACUGGUAUGCAUCCAAUGAUUUUUGCAUGGGUGAACACGGUGGGACACAUUUCGACGCUCCGUAUCAUUUCAACCGCGACGGUUGGAAAGUCGCCGACGUACCCGUUUCGAAACUAAUCAACAAGGGCUACGUCCUUGACGUUGAGGUGCUCGGGGACGGCGCAACGACGGCCGACACAAUGCUUCAACCUCGACACAUUCAACAGUUUGAGAAGAAACUUUUUGGGGAGGGCGGACGCUUACCGGCCGAUUCGAUAUUGCUAAUUCGAUUUAAUUGGGGCCGACAUUACGGCACUGCUGAAUAUUACAACGUGCAGAAAACCGACAACGAGAGCGAGUUGAGUUUGUCCUUUCCGGGACUGAGCCUGGAGGCGGCCAAGCUGCUCGUUGAACGAAAAAUUGCCGGCGUUGGCGUGGACACUGCCAGUCUAGAUCCAGGCAAGUCGAAGACUUUCGACGCACAUCGAAUUUUAUCGAAAGCAAACAUUUUCGGUAUCGAAAACGUCCACAUACCAGCUGACUUGGCUACAUACAACGACAGAUUCGUAAUUUAUGCCAUGCCAAUGAAGAUAUUGGAAGGAACCGGCGCUCCAUGCAGGAUUCUCGCCGUUGUACCCAAGAAGAACUGAACAGAAGACAACGAUUAAGUGCAUGGAGUGAUUAAUUUGUUUUAUGUACUCACGAACUCAUUAUAAUAUAAAUUGAAUGAAUACGAUGCGCAAAA